AUGACAACGAGGCGGAAACUAUUCUGUCUGUCUGUCCCUCUGCCUUUCUCUAUCUCUUUCUUUCUUUCUUUUUUGUGUUUGUUUCUUUCUUUCGUUUUCUGUCAUUGCAUCUAUCACUUUUUGUACUGUUAUUCUUUAACUUUUUCUUUCUUUCUUUCUUUCUUUCUUUCUUUCUUUCUUUCUUUCUUUCUUUCUUUACGUUUUCUUUCUUUCUUUAUCUUACAUUCUGUUUCUUUUUCUUUCUUUCUUUCUUUCGUUUUCUGUCAUCGCAUUUAUCACUUUUUGUACUGUUAUUUUUUUACUUCUUUCUUUCUUUCUUUUGUGUUUCUUUUGUCUUUGUUUGUUUACGUUUUCUUUCUUUCUUUAUUUUACAUUCUGUUUCUUUUUCUUUCUUUCUUUCUUUCUUUCUUUCUUUCGUUUUCUAUCAUUGCACCUAUCACUUUUUGUACUGUUAUUCUUUUACUUCUUUCUUUCUUUCUUUCUUUCUUUCUUUCUUUCUUUUUGUCUUUCUUUUGUCUUUGUUUAUGUUUUCUUUCUUUCUUUAUUUUACAUUCUGUUUCUGUUUCUUUCUUUCUUUCUUUCUUUCUUUCUUUCGUCUUCUGUCUUUCUCUGUUUACGUUUUUUUUUCUUUCUUUCUUAUUGUCUACUCUUUCCUGUUUUUUUCCUUCUUUCUUAAGCGUUUUCUGUCUUUCUUUGUUUAUUCCUAUCUUUUUCUUACUUUCUGUUGCCUCUUCUUUCUUUCUUCCUUUCUUUCUUUCUUUCUUUCUUUCUUUCUUUCUUUCUUUCUUUCUUGCUCGCAAAUCAGUCACCGAUGACAAAGUAACCUUCCUCGACUUUUGA